AUGUCUGUUGCUGAGCAUCUAGCCGUAACACAUCACACUCUACAGGAGUGUCACCACACUGCAAAAGCCGCUCUAAGCCUGCUUUGGAAUAGACUCCUCGAGAAACGGCAGCAGAAUGGCGAGACUAUCGAGCUGUCAGCGGAGGGUCGUCCAGAGCUGGUGGAGGAGAAGGAGCUUCCCAUCGUGGACUGCACGUGUUUCGGGUUGCCUCGUCGUUACAUCAUCGCCAUGCUGUCAGGCCUGGGCUUCUGCAUCUCAUUCGGCAUCCGCUGUAACCUGGGUGUGGCCAUCGUCAGCAUGGUCAACGACCAUACGGUGUUCUACGGAAAGAAACCUGUCAUAGUGAAAAUCUUUACACACUGUUAUGCUCUUUAUGUGUACUCAAUUUACGUUGAUGUUAUACUUUCUGUGUCCACAUCCAGACUCCUCGAGAAACGGCAGCAGAAUGGCGAGACUAUCGAGCUGUCAGCGGAGGGUCGUCCAGAGCUGGUGGAGGAGAAGGAGCUUCCCAUCGUGGACUGCACGUGUUUCGGGUUGCCUCGUCGUUACAUCAUCGCCAUGCUGUCAGGCCUGGGCUUCUGCAUCUCAUUCGGCAUCCGCUGUAACCUGGGUGUGGCCAUCGUCAGCAUGGUCAACGACCAUACGGUGUUCUACGGAAAGAAACCUGUCAUAGUGUCUGCUCAGUUCACAUGGGACCCCGAGACAGUAGGGAUGAUACAUGGCUCAUUCUUCUGGGGUUACAUCGUCACGCAAAUCCCCGGGGGAUUCAUAUGUCAAAAGUUUGCAGCUAACAGGGUGUUUGGCUUUGCCAUUGUAGCCACGUCAAUGCUGAAUAUGCUGAUCCCAGCAGCAGCAAGAGUUCACUAUGGGUGUGUUAUCAUGGUCAGGGUUUGCCAGGGGCUUGUGGAGGGCGUGUCAUAUCCUGCAUGUCAUGGCAUCUGGGCCAAAUGGGCUCCGCCCCUUGAAAGAAGUCGAUUGGCAACAACAGCAUUCUGUGGUUCAUAUGCCGGAGCUGUUGUUGCAAUGCCUUUGGCUGGAGACAACCGGCCCUUUGAUGGCAGCCAUAAUGUUGAACUGUACAAGUGCACACACACACACACACACACACACACAAUCACAAUCUUCUCUCAUUUCUCAAUUGCUACAUGCUGCAAUGUUCUGGAUAUGUUCGACCUCUGGUUUUUCGCUGCCCUGCAGAAAUUUAACACUCCCUGGCGGCACUUCUUUACCUCCAUGCCGGUGUAUGCCAUCAUCGUGGCCAACUUUUGCAGAAGCUGGACAUUCUACCUACUCCUCAUCAGCCAGCCCGCUUACUUCGAGGAGGUGUUUGGCUUUGAAAUCAGCAAGGUGGGGCUGGUGUCUGCACUUCCUCAUUUAGUGAUGACCAUCAUUGUGCCAAUUGGAGGACAACUUGCCGACUACCUGAGAACACAUAAUUUAAUGACCACAACGAAUGUCCGAAAACUCAUGAACUGUGGAGGGUUUGGAAUGGAAGCCACUCUACUCUUGGUUGUUGGUUUCUCACAUACCAAAGGAAUAGCCAUUUCUUUCCUUGUACUGGCUGUUGGCUUCAGUGGAUUUGCAAUUUCAGGGUUUAAUGUGAAUCAUCUUGACAUUGCGCCACGUUAUGCCAGUAUCCUGAUGGGAAUCUCCAAUGGAGUGGGAACUUUGUCAGGAAUGGUGUGUCCUCUCAUAGUUGGAGCCAUGACCAAACAUAAGACACGUGAAGAGUGGCAAUAUGUCUUCCUCAUUGCAGCACUGGUGCAUUAUGGGGGUGUGAUCUUUUAUGGGAUCUUUGCAUCAGGUGAGAAGCAGCCAUGGGCGGAUGCUGAGAAUACCAGUGAGGAGAAGUGUGGCAUUCUGGGAGAGGACGAACUAGCCAAUGAAACGGAAGAGCUGUACAGGACUGGUGGACAGUAUGGAGCUAUAAAUAAUCCCCAUUCUGGUGGUCCGAAUGGAGGAGGUUCUGGGGCAGGAUGGGUAUCAGAUUGGGAUAAAACAGAAGAAUAUGUUCAACCAGUCGGGACAAAUAGUUAUUUAUAUAGCGGAGAGGGAGAGAGAGAGCUCACAUAGUGGGAAGAAACCACUUAGAGUCGAUAUCUAAGAGUUAUAAAGAGGAAUAAAGAUCAAUACAGAGUAAAUAAAUAGACACAGUGAGUGAGUGAAUGUGUGAGUGUGUGAAUAAGCAAAUGAGUUUCCAAACUGAUGAUCAGAUUAUGUGAUGAUUGUUCUAUAAACAUACACACUGAAGUGUAUGUGUGUGUAGAUGUGAGUCAUUUGUGUCAGAUUGAGAAUACAGUGGUGCUCUGUGAAUUAUAUGUUCAGUAUUAUAGGCUUCCUGCCAAAAUCACUGUAAUGCAAUUAAAAUGACAGUGAUGUUAGACAUGUUUAUGGUUGUGGUGUACGAGUAUACAGUAUCUGAGCUUUUGUGUGUGCUCAUGGUGAGUGUUUGUGUAAAUUUCCGUACUGUGCUCAGUUUCUUUUGUUUUAUCCAGUGCUUUAAAUGGUUUAAAAGGGUUCAAGCAAAUCUGUGGAUGUGUAGACAUUUAUUUGAUCAUAAGUUUGUGCACUUAUAUCCAUAUAUCCAAUAUCCUUAAAGGGACAGUCACUGAAAAAGACAAUUCUGUCAUUAUUUACUCUUUAUGUGGUUUA